AUGCCGACAUCCGAUGAUGUAAUACCAACUUUUAAUUACAAGAUGCCAGAAGUCCCGGAACAUCUGAAGAAUCUGCCGGAUAGAGUGGGUACCACGCUUUCCGGUAAGACCAUUUUUAUGACCGGCAGCUCUGGUUUCUUGGGUAAAGUAUUACUGGAGAAGAUCAUGAGGAAGACGCCAGAUUUCAAACAUAUCUAUCUCCUCAUGAGGCCCAGGAAAGGAAAAGAAGGACGGCAGAGAUUGGACGAGAUGUUCAAUCUUGCACUUUUCGACAAACUGAAAGAAAUGCAUGGCGCCGACAUACUUAAAAGGGUUUCCACAGUUAACGGAGACGUUCUUAGCACUGAUCUCGGUCUGUCGCGAGAAGACAGAGAGAUACUCCAAAACGAAGUGAAUGUUGUUUUCCAUUCAGCAGCUACCAUCCGAUUCGAUGAACCCUUGAGAAAAGCAGUUCUGCUCAAUACCAGAGGAACAAAAUACAUGAUGGAGCUAUCAGAAGGAAUGAAAAAUCUAGAGCUCCAUGUUCACAUAUCUACAGCAUAUUGCCACCUCGACCAAAAAGUCUUAGAGGAGAAACCAUACCCAAGCGCUACAGACCCAUAUAAAAUCAUCAAGAGUUGCGAACUUAUGGACGAAGAACUAGUUGAAUCAGUUAACGAUAAAAUACUUAAAGACUUUCCCAAUUCUUACGCAUUCACCAAGAAUUUAUCUGAAUCAAUAGUUUCUGACUUUGUUAAAAAAGGAGUACCAGCGAUAAUUUUAAGACCUUCCAUUGUUAUUCCUACCUGGCAAGAACCAAUUCCUGGAUGGAUGGACAACAUCAAUGGUCCAACUGGUCUUUUGAUAGGAGCAGGAAAGGGUGUCAUCAGAACAAUGUAUUGUAAUAAUGAUGGAUAUGCUGAUUAUUUACCGGUAGAUAUUUGUGUCAAUGGAAUCAUGCUAGCCAGUUGGAAAUAUCUUAAACUUGGUUUCAAAGAAAACUAUGUUUACAACCUGACAACUAACUCAGAAUGGCAAAUAACAUGGCAACAAAUAAUAGAUGUGGGAAAAGACAUAGUAACAAAUGACAUUCCUCUAAGCGGUGCAGUAUGGUAUCCGGGUGGAAGCAUGAAGAGGAACAGAAUAAUUCAUAACAUUUGUGUCAUCUUAUUUCAUAUGAUUCCUGCUUAUUUCCUCGAUACAAUUAUCUAUCUAAGUGGCAAUAAACCAGUACUCCUAAGAGUUCAUGACAGAAUUAAUAAGGGCUUUAAAGUGUUUGAAUACUAUGCAAACAACCAAUGGGAUUUCAAAAAUGAUCAAAUUCGUUCUUUACGUUCAACAUUAAAUGAAAGAGAACGAAUAGAAUACAAGAUAGAUGGAGAUAACAUGGAUAUCAAAUUAUAUUUCUCAGAUUGCAUACUGUCAGCAAGGGAAUAUAUUCUUAAGGACAAUCCAAACACAAUUCCUGCUGCCCGAAGACACAUGAAAAUGUUAUACUGGGUCGACCUUCUGACACGUAUUACCUUCUUCAGUUUCAUAAUUUUCUUCUUCUUCUCUUCAACCGACACUUACAAAAGCCUGAUCUCCCUCAUCAACAGUUACUACCUAAGAGUUUUUCCUGGCUCAGAACCAUUUUCACAACCAGUCAAAGAAUAA